UAUUUUCACUUGAAGACUUGUGAUAUAGUUAUAGAUGCUCAUAUCACUUUCAGCCAUCCAGCAAGCUAGAGUAGCUGAAAUGGAAUUUGCUAUCGUUUCCUAUUACAUCUCAUUUCUUUGUGUGAUUCAAUAUUCAGAAUCAUUCACCUGGACAGUGAAACCAGCCAAUCUAACAUUUGUAACAAAAGGAGAAGACAAGUCUCUCACAUGGAAGUUCACUCUAACUGCUGAUGAACAGACUAAGAGCCAGACAUUCUCUCUUAUUCAGUGGAAAAAGUUUAAUCAGACAAGUUCAGAUUAUUAUGGAAUUGCUUCCACAACCUUUCUAAAUCUCGUUGGGACACCUAGUUACUAUGAACCCAGAGCCCCACAUAUUGAGAUUGUCAGAAGUGAUCAAGCCACAUUACUCAUCAAAAAUGUCAGGACAGAAGAUGAAGGAACUUACAAGAUUGAGUACAGUGUACAGUUUGGUGGGACUCCUAUUGCUGAUCAUCAAGUAAAUGUUACAUUUUUAGAACCUCCUGAGGUUGUUGUUAGCAAUGACCAAGAUGUUUGUGAGGGUUCUAGUGUAACUUUGAGCUGCAAUGCAACUGGUAAACCAACACCAAAUAUUACAUGGACAAAAGAAGGGGAAAAUGGUACUAACAGUGGACCACUACCAUCUGUGGAUGGGGUUUAUGUCAUCAGUAAUAGUAGCAGAAGCUCCAAUGGAACCUACCGCUGUACAGCAUCUAAUGGAGUUGGGGAUCCUGUUAAUCAGACGACAAAGGUGAUUGUAGGAAAUCCUUCAUCUGUGGAUGGUGUAUUUAUCUCUUCAAAUACUGCUGUUGAAGGUUACCCAUAUCACCUGAGUUGUGAGGUAUCUGGGGUUCCUGUGUCAAGUGUUUCUUGGAUCAAAGUUACCAGUGGUGAGCGCCAUGCUGGGAAAUUAUUAAAUUUCACUAACAUUAGCCGAAAUGAUACUGGGAACUACACAUGUGAAGCAAGUAAUAGAUGUGGAAAUGACUCUAAGACUGAAGCUAUCAAUGUGUUCUUCGGACCUGAGAUUACCCAGUUCACAACAUCCGCUGUCCACCACAAAGUAUGUCAGUAUGGUGUUAUCAUCUUUAACUGUGCCGCCGAUGCCUGCCCACCUGUGACGUCAUACCAACUCUUCGAGAAUGACAUUGCUGUCUUGGACACAAACACUUCAGGAAUGUGGAGUAGGAACAUGUCAACUAGGGGAGUGUUCAUGUACAAAUGUGUGGCCAACAAUACUUAUGGAACAGGAAUUAGUGAAACGAUUCCUGUUCGUGUGUAUGUGCCUCCAUCCAUACAAGAAAUAGACAAUCUGACAAUAACUGAGGGGAGUGAUAUGACUUUGACAUGUCAGAUAUCUGGAGACCCUCCACUAGAGCAGUUUUGGAUAAAACCUGAUGGUCAGCGUGCUACCACAAAUGUCUUGACGAUUAAAAACAUUACAAAUGGUGAAGCUGGGGAAUACAGAUGUGAGGCCACUAAUGAUUGUGGGACUGUUUCACGGACAGCAUGUGUUGACGUGCAAUUUAAGCCAGAAAAUGUCACCUUGAAAACGAACACAACAAAUAACUAUGGCUGUUCUGUUAUGGGAGUAAAGUUUACUUGCCACUCAUCUGAAGCCAAUCCACCAGUCCAUAAUUACAUACUCAUUAAGAAUAAUUCGGAGGUAAGUUUCAGCAAGGAGGGAACAUGGAUGGAAAGGAUAUCGAGAGAAGAAACAUUUGUUUACAAAUGUGUGGCAUGUCAGCAAGUUGGUAAUGUGACAAGCAGAAACAACAUUACUUUGACUGUUGGUGGCCCACCUGCAAUGGAACAGGUACAAAACGCAACAGUCAUAGAAGGUACAGAUUUGACAAAGGAAUGUAGUGUGACUGCAGGGACUCCUCCCUUAACUGUUUUUUGGAAGAAUGUUAAUAGCGGUCAGGUCAUUCCAGGAAAACUCUUGAACAUCACUAACAUCACAAGAUAUCAAAAGGAACACAGAUGCAUUGCAAACAACAGUUGUGGAAGUGUUUGGACAACGAUGUUCAUUUAUGUGCAGUAUAAACCAGCAGCCACCUAUUCCAGCGCAACCAUUAGAUUAAAGUCCGGAGAAGACGGGUCUAUUGAUUGCCCAGUGGAUAUUGGAAACCCCCCUGCUGUCAUCACGUGGUAUAAAGGAAAUCAUACCAAUUGCAAUAAAAUUGCCACCAACUCGACCUUGAAGGUUCAGAAUGCUUCUUCAAGUGACGAAGGACGGUAUACCUGUUUUGCAAAAAAUGCACUGGGAAAUACAACUAUCAGUUUGUUACUACUGGUUGUUAAACCAGUAUCGAGUACAGUUUCCACUCCAUUCCAAACAACUCCCGCAGGUCCUGAGGAAUAUAACUGCCGAUCUAACAACGUCUUGUUUGCCUUAAUUGGGGUUCUUGCCUUCAUAAUCCUUCUUCUUGUGAUUUACAUAAUCUGGCUACACAGGAAAGGCGCUGUUGGGAAACAGAGGACUUAUGAAGAUGAAAGAGGUGUUUACGACAAUGAAUUACGAUUAGAAGAUAUCGAAGCAAGUCAGCCCGAUUCAAGAACACUUACACAACCUCCUGCAGAUUACAUGGAUCUCAGGGAGGCUAACACAGAUAACAGAGAAGCACCAAGUGCCGCUCCAGGUGCUGAUUACGCGCCUCUUUAUCCAUUAACACGCUCCUGGGAAGUUCCAAGAGAUCACGUGACCAUAGAAAAGAUCAUUGGUAAAGGUUCUUUUGGUCAGGUUGCCAAAGGAACAGCAGUAGGACUUCGAGGGAGGCCUGAAACGACUACAGUGGCUAUUAAGAUGCUUAAAUGUGAGCUCUUGUACUUUUAA